UAUUAGCAAAGGAAGAAAGGAAGAGUGAGACUUGACACAGUAAAGUGAAUGGUAUAUGAUGAUAAUUAGGCAUUAAUGGUGACGACAAAAAGUACUUCACAUCUUCUUCACUUUGACCAUUCUUUGUUUUACUUUAUCAUUUGCUGACACGUCAUUGUGAGCUUCAUUACCAUUUAAACAUUCUCCAUUCUCCAUUGUUGUCACCAUUACUAUUCUAUAUAAACAUGCGUUCCUUCAUGCUGUCACCGCUUCUACCAACAUUUCAGCACCCCCCAAAAACACAAUAACACUGCUUGCUUCCCACUUUCACAAAUGGAGCCAAAGUGCACCAUAAACUGUCGCCGCUCGGAGUUCGUUCCGACCCCUCUGCCGGAGAGUCCUCGAGUGCCUAUGGAGUUUCUGUCACGCUCAUGGAGUGCCUCUGCUCUUGAGGUCUCCAAAGCUCUUUCACAUCACCACUCCUCUCUCUCCUCUUCUUGCAUGCCUAAUUCAAACAACACUUCCAUUCCGGAAGAAACUGUUCCCAACCACACCAACACCAACGCCUUUCUCUCUGAAGAUUUCUCCACCAUGUCCAAGAAUCAGUUCUCUUUUGCUUCCUCUGCCACCUCUCAGCUCGUCCUUGAACGCAUUAUGUCCCAGUCCACAAGAGAGGAAGUGUCUCCGUUAACCUCGGGUAGGUUAUCUCACAGCAGCGAGCCUUUGAAUGGAGGUGGUUCCUUAACCGGAACAGAUAGCCCUCCGAUUUCACCUUCAGAUGAGUUUGAUGACGUUGUUAAGUUCUUUCGGGCAAAUAAUUCCAUUCACCCUUUGUUCAAUGGUGGACGAGCCAGUGCAACUAUUGGCAACGGCACGGCAAGCUCAGGACCAAAAACUGUUGGAAGAUGGUUAAAGGACCGAAGAGAGAAGAAGAAAGAAGAAAACAGAACCCAUACUGCUCAGCUGCAUGCCACUAUUUCAGUGGCUGCAGUGGCUGCUGCCGUUGCAGCUAUUGCGGCUGCAACAGCAGGCUCGUCUGCUCCCAGCAAGGAUGAGAAGAUGGCAAAGACUGACAUGGCUGUUGCUUCUGCCGCCACAUUAGUUGCUGCACAGUGUGUAGAGGCUGCAGAAGCUAUGGGGGCCGACCGUGACCACCUUGCUUCUGUCAUCAGCUCUGCUGUCAAUGUCCGUUCUCAUGAUGAUAUUACUACUCUUACAGCUGCAGCUGCCACAGCUCUACGAGGAGCGGCAACCUUGAAAGCAAGAGCUUUGAAGGAGGUAUGGAAUAUAGCCACAGUAACACCACUGGAGCGAGGUAUAGGGGGGAUUGGACUAUGUGGUAAAAGUAUUAACAGUAACACUAGCAACACCAGCACCAGUGAUAGCGGGGAAGUUUUCAAUGGAGAAAAUUUUCUAGGUGCCUGCAGCCAAGAGCUUAUUGCUAAGGGCAGUGAAUUACUCAAGCGCACCCGUAAAGGUGAUCUUCACUGGAAAAUAGUGUCUGUCUAUAUACAUCGAACCGGCCAGGUAAUGCUGAAAAUGAAGAGCAGACAUGUGGCAGGAACAAUUACCAAAAAGAAAAAGAAUGUUGUGUUAGAUAUCUGCACGGAUUUACCAGCAUGGCCAGGGAGACAUCUGUUUGAUGAUGGUGAAAAGCGACGCUACUUUGGAUUGAAGACAGACCAAAGGGGGAUUGUGGAGUUUGAGUGUCGAAAUCAACGAGAAUAUGACAUCUGGACGCAAGGGGUUUCGAGACUACUCUCCAUUGUAGCACAGAGGCAAAACAGAUAUGGGAAUUGAACCUGUCAUCUUUAAUACUUACCAACAGAGUCGCUAGCUAUCACUGACUACUGAACUCGAUUCAAACUAGAUAUGUAUUGAGAUGUAAUAUGCAUGUGUUUAGCCUCAAACAAUCAUCAUCGGCAAGACUCAAAUGGACUAGGUGAUUUCCGAAAAAAAAAUAUUUUUUACUGUCUAGAAAUGUAGAAUCCUAGGAAUUGUUUUUUCCACCCAGCGAUAAUGCAUGUGCCAAGUCCCUAGAAUCAAGAAUCGCUCCAAUGUUGUCAUACGUUGUCAUGGAUAACUUAUAAAUAUAAAAAGAUUCACGUAUUUCCAUUCAA